AUCAAUCUAUAAAUACGAAGCGACUGAAAUAAAUCGACAGCCAAUAUUUGUGGGUGUCGUUUUGUUGCGUUUAAUUACUAGUCUGCUGUCGUGCGAUUAACCCACUUACUUGAAUAUACAUCAGCAAUCAUGGUGGACGAACUUUCUAAGGAUCAACUCGGAUUGUUGAAAAAUACUUUCGAGGCAUUCGACUUGGACAAGAAAGGUGCUAUUGGUAUCGACAUGAUUGGUCAAAUUUUGGAUAUGUUGGGACAUCAAGUGAAGCCAGAUGAAUUAAAAAAAAUUGUGAGCGAAAUUGAUUCGGAUGGCAAUGGCGAAAUGUCUUUUGAAGAGUUUGCUUGUCUGGCUUCUCGCUUCUUAGGUGAAGAAGAAGAAGACACGGAAGCCAUAUUACGUGAGUUGAAGGACGCUUUCCGCUUGUAUGACAAAGAAGGUUUGGGAUAUAUCUCUACUGAUUUGCUGCGCGAAAUCUUGAAGGAAUUAGACGAGAAAAUGACGCCGGAGGAUUUGGAACAAAUGAUUGAAGAAAUUGAUAUUGACGGUUCCGGCACCGUUGAUUGGGAAGAAUUCAAAGCUAUGAUGGUUGGAUAAAUAUAUAAUUAUAAAAAUUGAUAUGAUUGGAUUAUAAUGAGUGACAAUAAAAGUUUUCUGUAUGAUUUUAUUUAAAAUACAUGCUUAUGUACUUAUA